AUGGCGCAGUGCGUGCGUCGGUUGGUGCUGGCGGCGACGCUCGCCGCUGCGGUGGCGCUGCUGCUGUGCACGAGCAGUGCGCCGGUGGCGCGUGCUGAUGGGACGGGCGACUUCACUGAUGAGCAGCGGACGAACACGCUGGCGGUGCUGCAGGCGUUUGGGCGUGCGAUCCCUAAGCUUGGGGAGAAGUGGGCGGGCAACGACUUCUGCUCGUGGGAGUUCAUCUACUGCAAUGUGACGGGUGUGUAUGUACGGGGAAUCAGUCCGACGUAUGCCGGCACGCUGCCGGAGAUGCCUGUGAACGUCGACUACAGGCACGUCGUGAUCAAGCAGCUCGACUUUUCCGAAAUGGGGCCGGGGCUGAGCGGGACGCUGCCGGACAGCUGGAGCAAGCUGGAAGGACUGACCUCCCUUAAGUUGUCGGACAGCGGCAUGGGUGGUACGCUGCCGGCCUCAUGGAGCUCGAUGACUCGGCUGACGGAGCUUAGGAUAGAAAGAUGCGGGUUUUUCACUGGCACGCUGCCGGCUGAGUGGAGCUCGAUGAAGUCCAUCCAGUUUGUUGACCUGAGGGUUAUGAAGCUGAGCGGUACGCUGCCUCCUCAGUGGAGCUCGAUGACAUCAUUGGAUACGCUGUCGCUUCGUGACGUUGGCGAGAUCACCGGCACGCUGCCGCCCGAGUGGAAAUCGAUGAAAUCAAUUCUGUAUCUGUACGUUACCAAAUCGAGGAUUAGCGGCUCAUUGCCCGUUGAGUGGAGUGAGAUGACGACCGUGAGGGAGUUUUCGUUUCGGGAAUCGCCGUUGGCCGGCCCCCUCCCUCCUCAGUGGAGCAGCAUCAAGACACUGAGGAGAGUGUACCUGGCGAACACUGAUAUCUCCGGGACGCUGCCGUCCAGUUGGACAGCCCUAACCCGUGUUGAUCACCUGCACUUGGAGGGCACAAAGCUCUCCGGCACGCUGCCGCCUGAGUGGAUAUCGAUGUCGUCGCUUGCGCAGCUGUUUCUGAGCAGGUCGCUUGUUCAGGGCACGCUGCCGCCGGAGUGGAGCUCGAUGAAGAAGCUUACGCAGCUGCUGCUUGCCGAUACUUUGUUGUCCGGCACGCUUCCUGCUGAGUGGAGUGCGCUGCAGUCGCUUGUUACGCUUCAGCUGUCCAGCAGUAAGGUCUCCGGCACGCUGCCGCCCCAGUGGAGUGGGAUGUCGAAGGCCCAGUCCCUGCAGCUGGAAAACUGCAACCUGUCCGGCAGUCUGCCCUCCUCGUGGUCUGCGAUACCGAUGCUGGCUUCCGUCUCCCUUAGGGGCAACAAGUUCUGCGGGUGUGUGCCCGACUCGUGGGCCAAGAAGGCUCGUCUCGUUGUGGACAUCGAGGACAAGCACAAGGGCAGCGACUGCUUGGCUGGUAGAGAUUGCACAAAGACCACCACUAAACCCCCCACCACGACAACGACCACGACGACAACGACCACCACUAAGCCCCCCACCACGACCACGACCACCACUAAACCCCCCACCACGACCACGACCACAACUAAACCCCCCACCACGACAACGACCACGACGACAACGACCACCACUAAACCCCCCACCACGACCACGACCACCACUAAACCCCCCACCACGACAACGACCACCACUAAGCCGCCGACCACGACAACGAGCACUACUAAGCUGCCCACCACGACAACGACCACCACGACCACGACCACCACUAAGCCCCCCACCACGACCUCGACCACCACUAAACCCCCCACCACGACCACGACCACCACUAAACCCCCCACCACGACAACGACCACCACUAAGCCGCCGACCACGACAACGAGCACUACUAAGCUGCCCACCACAACCACCACUGAGGCACCGGCUGAACCCACGACCACUGCUACCCCAACAAACACGCCGACUCCUGCACCAGAGACGGAGUGCGAGGUGGAUGGGUGUGAGGUGUGCGAGGGGGACUCCGCUGCGAGGUGCGCGAGGUGCCGUGAGGACUACUUCCUGACGGACGAGAGGACGUGCCUGGUGUACUGCGAUGGCGGUGUUGCUGCUGUGUCGAGCGGAGUGGCAGCAGCAGCUGUUGUGUGCGUGGCUGUGCUGUUCAGCGUGGGGCUGGCGGCGUGA